AUGAUCGACAUCGGUCUAAUUAGAGAUGAAAAGAGCCGUGAAAAGGUGGUUGAGAGCGAGAAGAAGCGGUUUCGAGAUGGAACAGGUGUUGAAAGGGCCUAUGAAUUGGACAGAAGAAAGAUAGAAACCAACUUCCGGCUCGACCAAAUCAAUACUCGAGUUAACCAACUGGACAGAGAGAUAAAGUCGGGAUACAAGCAGGGAAAGAAUAAAGAGGAUGCAGAUCUUGGAGAAAAAGUUAAAGAGAUGAAAGACAUUCAGGGGGAAGCAAAAAGACUCAAAGAAGAUGUAAAGGUUAUCGAAGAUGAGCUUAGUAAGGUGAUGAAAGGGAUAGGAAACAUUAUUUCUCCCAAAGUUGUGGUCAGUAAUGACGAAAAGGACAAUGAGAUUAUAAGGUCCUAUAGAAGUGGAAGAAGCAUAAAGAAAGAUCCAAAGCCUUUUUGUGUGCUAAUGAAAGACUUCACUCAUCCGGAAGCAGGGGCAAAGGUGGUAGGGCAUCGAGGAUACUAUCUAUCUGGAAAGAUGGCCAGGCUAGCACAGGCUCUUUCGAGAUAUGCUAUUGACUUUCUUGAGAACAAGGGCUAUGUCUAUAUCCAAACACCGGUGAUGCUCAAAAGAGACGUGAUGGGAAAGACAUCACAGCUAAGUGAUUUUGACGAUCAGCUCUACAAGGUUGAGGACGACCUGUAUCUUGUUGCAACGUCUGAGCAGUCUCUCGCAGCACUGUACAUGGACGAAAGAAUUGUUCCUCAGGAGACUCCCAAAAAGUUCUGUGGGCAGUCUCUCUGCUUCAGAAAGGAAGCUGGAGCCCAUGGAAAAGAUAAUGCAGGGCUAUUCCGGGUCCAUCAGUUUGAGAAGAUUGAACAGUUUGUAAUAUGCAGCCCUGAGGAGUCUGAAAGACAUCAUGAAGAGAUGAUAAAAAUAUGUGAAGAGUUCUACCAGUCAUUAGACAUAAGUUAUAAUGUUGUAAGCAUUGUAUCUGGGGAGUUGAAUGAUGCAGCAGUCAUGAAGUACGAUCUUGAGGCGUAUUUCCCGAAUGCAGAGAAAUACAGAGAGUUGGUUUCUUGCUCAAACUGCACGGAUUACCAGUCGAGAGAGCUUGAGAUCAGGUAUGGAAUUGCCAAGGAGAACAACCGCAAGGUUUACGUCCAUUUACUGAAUGGAACCAUGUGUGCAAUUCAACGGACACUAUGCUGCAUUGUGGAAAACUAUCAAAAUGAGAGAGGGAUUAGCAUCCCCGAUGUUUUGCAAGGCUAUUUUGGUGGAGACUCCAUUGAGCUAGGCCUCUAA